GAGGUUUUUGUUGAGACGCCAUUUCAGAGGUGGAACAAGAAACCAACAAAAGUCAUUAUUAUAUAUGUGUGGUGAGACACUGAACAUCCUGAGGAAGAUGAACCACAACAAUAUUCCUGAACAGUUAGAGAACACACACAAGGAUGUGCAGAUGAGCAGUAACACUGACACUGGAGUCAGUGUUGAUGUAACAGCUGACACAGGUGCAAGUGUAAAUGCUCCUGUACUCACUGGAAACAUUAUCACAGGCCCAGUACACAUUAACUACAUCUUAAACCCUCCAGUACACAAUACACCAACAAGGAUCAAUGAAGGUUUAACUGCAAAGGACAGUAAAGUUAAUAUUCAUCAUUACGGAAAUAUCAGCCUCAGACUGAAGAACAAUUUACAAGAGGAUUACAAGCGGAUAUUAGUUGGUAAUUCACAAACAGGUCAUUGGGGACACCUGAAGGAUAUUUGUAAUCUAUAUGUGGUGGAGAAAGAGACUGGAAGAACAGUGAGUGACCAUGAUGUGAUAGAGAUUGAAUCUACCAACCGAUUUACUGCCAAUGACACACCGAUCCAGUGCAAUGACAUAUUCAAAGAUCAUAUGGGUCGACAAAACAGAAAAGUGCUGACAAUGGGCAUCGCAGGGGUGGGAAAAACAGUCUCAGUCAAUAAAUUCAUCCUUGACUGGGCUGAAGGAAAAGAAAAUCAGGAUAUACUCUUCGUAUUUCCACUCCCAUUCCGUAGACUGAAUUUAAUUAAACAAAAAAAAUACAGUCUCAUGGAACUGCUUAACAAAUACUUCUUUAGAUGUCCGGAAGGACUGUCCUCUCUUCCUGAAGAUGACUGUAAGGUCAUGUUCAUCUUUGAUGGGCUGGAUGAAUGUCACCUCUCUUUGAACUAUGAAGAGGACGACAGAUUUACAGAUGUGCAUAAGAAAACUACAGUAAGUAAGAUAAUUACAAACCUGAUCAAGAGAUAUCUGGUUCCCUCUGCUCUCAUCUGGAUCACAUCCAGACCUGCUGCAGCCGGUCUGAUAACACAAGGCUACAUUGAUCAGGUGACAGAGGUGCGAGGAUUCAACGAUGAGCAGAAAGAGCAAUACUUCAUCAGAAACAGCAGUCCUGAGGUUGCUGGAAACAUCAUCCGUCACAUCAGGAAAUCCAGGAGCCUGUACAUUAUGUGCCACAUCCCCGUCUUCUGCUGGAUCUCUCUCACUGUUCUUCAGCUUCUACUGGCUAAAGAGAGUAACGACAAAACACCAACAACUCUCACAGGGAUGUACACAAGCUUUUUACUUUCUCAGAAGCAACAGAUGAAAACAAAAUGCUGUGAUCAUCCUGAACCUAAAACCAAAGCCAAGUCUUUUGAUCAGAUUCUUCUGAAGCUUGGGAAACUGGCCUUUAAACAGCUGGAGAAAGAUAAUCUGAUUUUCUACAAAGAAGAUCUUGAGGAGUGUGGACUAGAUGUCAGUGAUGGGUUAUUCACUCAGAUCUUUCAGACAGAAAAAGCUGUGUCAGAGACAAAGAUUUAUAGCUUCAUACAUCUCAGCGUCCAGGAGUUCCUCACUGCUCUCUAUGUGUUUUUCAAAUACAAAUACUACGGAAGAAAUGCCUUUCUUCUGAAAUGGAAACUCACCAAAACAUCAUUAUUUGACCUUCAUAAGUCUGCAGUCAACAAGGCUUUAAAAAGCAAGAACGGACACCUGGACCUUUUCCUUCGGUUCCUCUUGGGUCUCUCUCUGGAGUCCAAUCAGAGUGACCUGAAGGAACUGCUGCCAAUGCUGGAACUGAAAACAGAGAAUGUCAAAGACACUGCUGACUAUAUCAGACAGAUGAUAGACAAGGAGAAAUCAGUAGAGAAAUCCAUUAACCUCUUCUACUGCCUAAGUGAACUGAAAGAGGACUUUGAGGAGGACAUCCAGAAGUAUCUGAGCUCAAGAAAUCUUUCAGCACAGAAUCUCUCCUCUGCUCAGUGGUCAGCUCUGGAGUUUGUGCGGCAGAUUUCAGAAGAGACUCAAGAUAAGUUUGAAUUGCAGAAAUACAGAAGAUCUGAAGAAGCACUGAGGUUGCCAGCGAACCAAAACACCAGAAGAGCACUUGUGGAUCAUGGAGGAGAGAUCAGAAUGACAGCAGGACCAAGAAAGUAUGCCUGUGAUCUCACACUGGAUCCAAACACAACACACAAACGUCUCAUUCUGUAUGAGGACAACAGGAAAGUGAAACAUGUGAAAGAGCAUCAGCUGUAUCCUGAUCAUCCAGAGAGAUUUGCUGAUGUUCCUCAGGUUCUGUGUCGAGAGACUCUGACAGGACGCUGUUACUGGGAUGUUGAAUGGAGUGGCUGGGUUAAUAUAUCAGUGUCAUAUAAAGGAAUCAGCAGAAAAGGAUGGAGUGAAGACUGUAAGUUGGGAUCCAAUGACAAAUCCUGGAGUCUCUUCUGCACUGAUAAUAGAUUCACUGUCCAUCACAAUAAUGACAGCACCGACUUACUGGCUCCUUCACCCCGGUCUGACAGAGUAGGAGUGUAUGUGGACGUGUCGGCCGGCACUCUGUCCUUCUACAGUGUCUCUGACACACACACACUCACACACUUACACACAUUCAACACCACAUUCACUGAAUCCCUCUAUGCUGGAUUUAGGGUUGAUUAUGCUUCUUCAGUUUCUCUGUUUCAGAUUAAAACAGAAACACACACUUAACUAAAACUGAGAGAUAAACUAUAUGUAUUUAAAAUAUACAGUAGGUAGUCAACCAAAAUACCUAUUACUGCUGUGUGUGCUACUGCCGCAAGGCUGUGGCGUUAAAUACAACCCAGUCACAUGUGACACACAUUCGUUAAAUCAUCACCAGUUGGUGCAAAGGGAUGGUUUGCAACAUUGCGCUGUAAGGCUGGAAAGUAAAUGAAGAUUAAUUAAUUUUCUGUUAAUUAUAAUAAUAAUAUAUCAUUAAAACAUUUAAUCUUGGCUGAUUAUUCACCAUAUAAUUGCUUAAUGUUACAGCUAUUUGACUACUGUUACAGUAAAUUAUUAUUAGCCAGCAUUUUAGAUUAUUUCACAUGAGGUGUGCAAACUGACUGAGAUCGUUUUUCCUAUUUAGCACCUAAACUCUGGAACUAGCAUUGUUCGGGAAGCAUUCUGUCAGUUUAAAUCUAGACUUAAAACACAUCUCUUUAACCUGUGAUACACAUAACACACUAACACAUUUCUAUAAUUCAAAUACAUUAAUGAAUUAUUUGUUUGCAUAAAUUUGGUCAACUGGAAAAGGGAACACUUCCUAUAACACCCGAUGUACUUCGUAAGUAGAAUGGCAUCUACGCUAAUAUUAGUCUGUCUGUUUCAUUCUUAUCCCGAGGUUACUGUAGUCAUCUGUAUCCAGGCCGUAUCCAGAUCAGAUGGAGGACCUGCACCUAGACACGACAGCAGCCCUGAAUGUCAGAGGAGACCAUGACAACUAAACGAGUCAUUGAGACAGCGCCUGUGAAUACCUCAUUGACAUGACAGCCAUCGGCACAGAUCCUCAGCAGACCACAAGAACCAGACAAGUCCUCUGCACAGACCCCUAUGACCAGUUUCGAUUCUUGCCACCAUUCGGCGUUGUGAUGUAUCCCAAUCUUCAAGCAGAAAGAACUGGAUGAAAUAUUAAGAUUGAUAGCAAUCUGCAAUCUGACUUGCGAUGCAGCCUGGAAUCAAAAUCGCAUCAUGUUGGUUUGUUGGCCAGAGGAGAACUGCAUGUUCGUUACGUUACACAGUUAUUGAUCUGAACUGAAUCAAUGCUGAACUGAUUUAAACUGAAUAAUGACUGUUUACUGUUGUCUUUUUAGAGCUGCUAUAUGUAAAAUUUUGAACAGGGUCAUUUUUGUAAAUUCAGUUAAUAUUGUCUGGUGGAUUAAUCUGCACAGUAUGCUGCAGAAAAUGUAUUACAAUUUCAUAAAAUUACAUUUCAAAAGAUCACAUAACACCAAGAUGAUUAAUGAUUCAUGUGUAUGUAUUUAUUUUUAUGGAUCAUACUUUUCUUUACUCAUUCUCAUCAAUCUAUCAUAUUAUUAAUAUAUUCUAUUUGACUUAUGUCUUGUGCUUCCUUUAAGCUGUGUUUGAGUGCAUUCAUUGAAAAAAAAAAAAAAAAAAAACAGGGACAUUUCUGAAAUGCUUCGGAAAUGGGGAUCGUCCCCAGAAACCCCUUGAAAAUCUUAACUGAGUGAACAUAAAUGCCAUAAUCAUUCUGUCAAGGCGUAUUGGCUUAUGAUAGUUGAACAACAGAAGAUCAACUGGAAUAAAAUGUUUAAUAAUUCAUUUUAAACAUUUAAUAAUUCAUAACUUCAAAAAGCUUACGCUGUAUGUCCUACGCCUUCCCUAUUCUACUUACAGAAAAAACGGAACUGGUGCUGCACUCGUUCCGUAAGUUGAAUAGGGAAGACGUAGGACAUACAGUGUAAGCUUUUUGAAGUUAUGAAUUAUUAAAUGUUAAAAAUGAAUUAUAGAGUUGUAAAAUCAUAAAAUGUUAUUAAUAAAUUAAUAAAAUGAAUUAAUUUGAACUAAUGAUCCCAUGAUGCAUCCCCUAAAAGGUUCUAUAUAUGAAGUGCCUGACAGAACCCUUUAAGCUUCUGUAUAGAGCCUUUUCUUCUAAG